AUGCGCUGCUGUGGCGAUCGUGAAAAGGGACCGGUUUCUCUUGAGGAGAAAUGGGACUAUGUGAAUCUCGACGACUUCAAAUCUGAGUCCUGCCUAACACCCUUCUCCUACUUUUUCCUUUGGUUCUUCCUCUUCAUCUCGCUGGCCGUGUAUGGCGUCGAUACUUUUACCGCCGUGAACCUCCUCGCUUUCUCUCGAUGGGCCGGCCAAAUCGAACCCACCAUCCCGUUCCAUAUCUCGCGCUGGAUCUACGCCGUCUGUAUCAUCAUCUCCUUCGCUCUGUUGAUAUAUCGAUGGAUGGUCGCCAUCCGCGCGAUCCGCUCGAAAAGUAUCGCUCGCAGCUACCUCAACUCGCUCGCAGUUCGCAUUCAAAGUAUCCGACCAGGAAGACGAGGUCGCGGGUGGAAACGGUUUCUGGUGUUCGCGGAGCUGACCAAGAGUAAGAAGGGAGCGGAAUACGUGGCUUUGUUUACGUAUUUCUCGUUUGAGUCCUGGAUGAACACUGUUUUUGCCGAUGGACCCCGUCAAGUCGUCAACGCCAUCACGCUGUACUCCGUAAUGCAGAUGGACCUUCUCCCUGGUGGAAAGAACGCAGAAAAAUCCGAUGACAGCUCGGCCGCGCAAUUCUUCGAAAACGUGAGGAUCCUGGCAGUGAACAAUAACCUGCGAGCUGUCGUCCUGUUUUCCAUGCUGUUCACCUUGGUUAUCUGGGUGUUAUCCGUCAUCAAACUGUUGAUCGCAAUCGUUCUUUACCUUAUCUUCCUCUUUCACCACAUCCCAUCGCGCGAUGGUACUUUGACAGCGUAUUGUCGCCGCAAGAUCAACACCCGUGUGAUGCGCAUCGUCACGGUAAAGGUUAACAAGGCGUUAGCCAAGGGAAUGGCUCUGCAAGACCGAGCACCAACGCAGCCAAACAUGGGUGCGAGUGUCAAACCAACAUUGCCUGCUGUAGGGAAGAGUGAAGACAAGGCACCUAUCGUCACAACCAUCUCUCGCACCACGACUCAAACAACGCUUCCCUCGCGCCCUUCAACUGCAGCGGACCGCAACCCUACACUUCCUGACCUGUCAUGGCCCGAUGAACAUCCCGGCCUAAGCAGAACCGCUACUGAGACGUCUGCGUUCUCUGAAUCUGCCGCAGUUUCGACGUACAGUCCUCUGGACCGCGGUCCAUCACCAGCACCACCUGUACCCCCUUUACCAGCCAACGUCCCUCCUAUGCGCUCAAAUACGCCCGCUACUCGACCGCCGCCGUCACGGCACACCCCUGCUCCCACUGCGACGGCCCGUUCGACUCCGGCACCUGGAUACCGGGGAAUGACUGAGGAGCGUGGCUACGGCGCUUACGGUCCACCCAAUCCACCAGCUGCCGUUCCUUAUCGAUCCCACACUGCGGCUCCCGAUCUGUAUGGCCGAUCGAUGACUCCUGGCGUUGCAAUCUCACCGUCAGCACAGACGGACUAUCCCACUCAAACUUUCUCCCCAAUUGUCCCAAAUGCGACUGCUCAGUCUGGUUAUCCCAUGCCAUCGUUCACCCCCAUCAAUCGAAGUGCUUCUCCCUCUGUCGCAUAUCCAGAACGAACCUUCACCCCGAUGAAUCCAAUCCCUCAACCCAACAAUGGGAAUUAUCUCCCUUUUGACCCCUCCAUGACUUCACAAACACCAACCCAACCGACAGCCUCUCCUGUCUACCAUGCAUACUCCGGACAAGACGCGGGACAACCGGCAUUCCGGCCAUACCGCAACGACGGCAACUUCUGA